CCUUAAUACGCGUAACGCCCUUCUUUCAGUGAUACGAUGGACCUCAUUUUGGCUCGUCAAGGUUUCUCGACCACCUUGCAUCAGAUCCUUAGUAAGAGAGUCCACUUGCCAGGUGUGGAAAAUACCAAGAAAGACUUAGAAGGGUCUCCAGACAAGGUCGAUGUCUAUGCUGGAAUGAACAAUCCUCCUUCGAAAUAUGGUCCUUGUCUCGAGAGUCGCCCUUCUCACCAUUCCAGUCUGCACCCAAAUGACGAAUCAUGUGCUAUCGGGAACAUUUCUUUCGGUAUCACUGCUCCUAUACCUGGUCCUGAAGAUCGCAACAAAGAGUCUAUCACACCUCUGUCGGACUCUGUACCCUCUCGCGAAAAACCCGAUAUUCCAUAUGUGGCUAUCAUAAAACAAGCCAUUCUAUCUUCUCCGGAUCGUCGUCUCAGCCUCUCAGAAAUAUAUGACUGGAUUAUAACAGUAUAUCCCUUCUUCAGUUCGACGACAACGUCCUGGAAGAACACCAUCCGACACACGCUAAGCAGCUAUCAAUGUUUCCGAAAUGAGGCUCAUGGUAUAUGGGCUAUAGACGACGCAAAUUUGGAAAGCUAUGGAAACGGGUCUCUUCAGAGUUCUGACUCUUGGUCUUCGAAGGUGGACAGCGUCAGGAAGGUUUCUGGUACAAAACAAGCUGGCACGAUAACUGGUUCGAGGAAGGACGAUUCAUCCAUCCCAAAAUCUGAGAGUCGUAAGCGAGAAAUAGAUGAGGAGACAGAUAAGGAGUCUAGGCAAUCAAAGAAGAGGAAGAAGGCCAGGUCGCGUUCCUAUGCAGCACCCGAUCUCGUCCACGAAGGAUCGCUCAUACCAUCCGGGAAAGGCAAAUCUCUUUCAUCAUGUCCUGAGUUUUGGCGAUCGUCCCGAAAUCUCAGGGAUGAUGGUAGAAUGACCGCGAGCAAUUAUGGCUCAGACGCCAGAGAGUAUCGUAGACCUACGCUAGUGCCAGUAAAAUCCUGGGAUUAGGAAACGUUAUAGCUUCAACCUAGAGGCGAGAGAGCAGUUGAGCACGGCAUUAGCACUUCGUGGAUACUUCUUGUUUACUUGGGUAUUGGAUUGUAGUGAACACUUGGAAUUUCGCCUGAACUUGGACACCAGAUUAAUUUCUUCUACACGAUCAAGAAACGAGAAGGACUGGCCAACUGGCAACAAGAUUGUGGGAUUUAACGCUAUUUUGCCGCAUGACCAUGAAUCACCGUGGUUGCUGACGUCUAGCGUCCAGCUGCGUAGACGUUCCUCACUCCAUGUCGCGGAAUGGACUCGGUUAUGGAACUUGGUUGACAAAGACACGUUUUCAGACCUCCUCGAGAUCUUUCCGCACUGGCUUUCCUUUACUUU